GAGAUGGGGGGGAUAAAACACUAUCUGUUUUUGGUGAGUGAGUGAGUGAGAAGCUCAGACAAUGACAUUUAAUCUCCCUGUUCAACUGUGUGGAUAUGUCAAAUUAUUUACUUAUUGGUAAUUUAAUAGGAUUUAGUGACAUAUCAUCAGUACAUGUAUCUAACUUGAAAAGUUUUGAAUCCAACCUGACAUCAUGACCUUUUCAGUUUUAAUGUGACAAUUAUACAACAAUUUUGGCAUCACUACUAGCUGAUCACUAUCUGCACUCAUACUACUUAUACUCUUUUGGAAUAUUAAUGGGAAAAAAACAAAGUAUAUCUCUCAUUCCUGGAUAGGUAUAAGAUGUCUAUGUGCUGUCAAUAUAUGCAAAAGAGGAUGUGAAAGAGUUUGUUUUUCUCUUUCUGCUCUUUUAUUUUUAUGACAAAGUAUUAGUCAUUGAGAGGUCUAGUGUCUCAGGUCACCUUCCAGCAAAGAGGAAACCUCUAAUCGAAAAUUAAAGGGCAGAUUGUCAAAUUGUGAUUUGUACAUAUCUAUGACAUGUUUACCAAAUUAACUAGAAGUACAAUUGAAGCUUUGCGGAGAAAGAGAAACAAAAGGAGAAAUAGGCAAAGCUUUAACUUUGUCAGCCUGUUGGAGGAUAUUGUUGGAGGAUAUUGCCUAAUCGAGAAAGAGGGACUGUUGUAACAUUUACCACAAUGGCUUAAGAGAAGAACACGUUUAAGGGGAGACAGAGGAACAAGGUAUAGAACAUGUUGAAAUAUUGUAUCUUUGUGACACAUCCAUUACACAACAAAGGGUGUCAAAGUCCCUCUGAAACAAUAACAUACUUUUGUGAGAAUAAUGUGCCAUUUUAGAUAGUUUGGGGGAAAAAAAGUCCACUCCAUACUUGUAAAUGACAUUAUAAAAUCCAACCAUUCCAUGGAAUGCCUGUAGACAUGGCAUCUAAAGGUACUCAAACAUUUGACAUAAAUUAGGAAUGUUUAUUGACCAUCCUGACAUAUUUGUAUUCCACUGAUAUGUUAGCCUAUAGAAGGAAAAUAUAUCAUAACCCUGCUUUCCUUUAAUCGAAAACAGGAAAUUGGCAUUCUCAUUUGCAUUUACAAGCAUACUAAAUAAUGACGCGAGAGAGCGACAUGCUAGCCGGUGACAAAAUAAAUCACUCCAAAUGUAAUAUCUUUUAUUCUGUCCGUCUCCCUCUGUCACUCUCUCUCCUGUCACGCUCUGUCUGUCAGUCUAUCUCUCUGUCACUUUCUCUUUCUCUCUCUCAAGGCAGCAAGGGACAUUUAGGAGCCAUAGGCAAUUAGCUCCCUGCAAUAAUAAUAAGGCGAAACUCUGCAUAGGGAGGAAGAGCGAAGUGGAGGCCUUUAUGCAGACAGAUGAUAAGCAGUAAAUAGAAGGAGACUUCAAUGGCCUCACAUCACGCAUCCACUACAUAGGUUGCGUCCCAAAUGUUGGGAAUAGGGUGCCAUUUGGAAAGCAGGCGUCUUUUCCGUCCCCUACUCUAGGCCAAAAAUAUACAGGUUAGGACAAGUGGAUUCUAAUAUCCCAAAAAUCCUUGCAUAAUUGCGGAAAAAGUCAAUACAAUGGGAUCAGCAAUACGAGCAAAAAAUUACUGGAAGUUAAUGUUAGCAGUACAGAAAAUGUGUCAUCAAAGUGGAAAAUAAACAUAAUUGUAGUGAAUUUCAUCUAACUACUCAGCAAACACAUGGCAUAACUGUUUUACUGUCAUUCUAUUCAUUUAAACGUUUUUCAGUUUAUCCACAGCCAAUUUAUUACUACAUUUUCAGACAGCUGGGUAACGGUCAGACCGCUGGGUAACCAAAGGGUAACCAAAUUCAGAAACACAUUUCAAUUUCCACUGGUCUAUCACAGUGAUUUUUAAUAUUAAGUGAAGAUAAAUAAUUUGUCAACGUUCCAGAACCUGCAGAGCCUUGGUAGACUGGCAGAGAGACAGGCACAUUUGAGAGAGGGAGGGAGGGAGAGGGAGAGAGAGAGAGAGAGAUCUCAAAGAUGUACAUGUUACCGUCCUCAAAUGAGCAAUAAUCGAAUUCCCAACACACACUCUCAUUGGUCAUGGCAUCCUCCAUCUUAGCCAUUAGGGCCUAGUUACAUUUCACCUAUUUGGCAUAUGUAUUCUAGCCAAAUAACAGUAAUGGGGGCAAGGCUGUCAUUGGUCCAUUGCCAGAGGGUUGUCAAUACGUUUCACAAGGAUGUCAUUUUCUCAGUUAUUUUCCUAUUUCAGUGAUUUUAAAUAUUAAGUGAUACAUUAUUUGGCAACUGUUCAGAAACUGCAGCGCAUGGCAUUUUGAGUGGUGCAGUGGUCUAAGGCACUGCAUCACAGUGCUAGCUGUGCCACUAGGCUCUGUCGCAGCUGGCCGCAACCGGGAGAGCCAUGGGGCGGCGCACAAUUGGCCCAGUGUCGUCCGGGCUAAGGGAGGGUUGGGCCGGCAGGGAUGUCCUUGUCACAUCACUCACUAGCAACUCCUGUGGCGGGCCAGGUGCAGUGCACGCUGACACAGUCGCCAGGUGCACAGUGUUUCAUCCGACACAUUGGUGCGUCUGGCUUCUGGGUUAAGUGGGCAUUGUGUCAAGAAGCAAUGUGGCUUGGUUGGUUUGUGUUUCGGAGGACGCACGGCUCUCGACCUUCACCUCUCCCGUGUCCGUACGGGAGUUGCAGUGAUGGAACAAGACUGUAACUACCAAUUGGAUACCACAAAAUUGGGGGUAAAAGUAAGAAAUAAAAAAUAAAAUAAGAACUGAAAGGCCACUGGCAAAGAGACAGGUCCAAUGUCCACUGGCAAAGAGACAGGUCCAAUGUCCACUGGCAAAGAGACAGGUCCAAUGUCCACUGGCAAAGAGACAGGUCCAAUGUCCACUGGCAAAGAGACAGGUCCAAUGUCCACUGGCAAAGAGGCAGGUUGAGAGGCUUGCAACUGGAGAGAGAGCAAGAGAGAGAACGAGAGAGAGAGAAAUCAAGGAUGUACAUGUCAACACCCUCAAACAAGCUAUAAUCUAAUUCCGAACACACACUCUCAUUGGGCAUGCCAUUCUCCAUCUUAGCCCUGAGGGCCUAGUUACAUUUCACAAGAGGUUUCACAAGGAUGUGGUUUUCUGUGGUUGUGGUGUGGUUGCCUGUCACCAGUAUGUGCCUUCUCAGCAUGGAGAUAACACAGCGGUUUUAAAAACAAGAGUCAUAUUCAUUAGGCACCAAAACGGAAGAAAAAGAAGAGAGACAAAGCUGAUCUUGUCCAAUAAGAAGAGCUCAAAUUUAAUUUUGCAUUGUGUAGUGUUUUGCUACAGUGUACCUGAAGGGGACAGUCCCAAAUGACAGAGAGGAAAUAACCGACCUCUCUUUUUCCUCACAGAACAUAUAGAGACACAAGCAUGACCUGAGUGAAUCGGCUGAUGGCCAUCUUGCCAUUGGUGAUUGGUGCACUCUGAUCUUUAGACUUUAGAAUCAGUCUUUAAGUCAUUAACACAUUUCCUAUGACUGAGGAAUUGUUUGUAUCACCAUGGCAUCAGCCUGGAUAACAAUGUUUGCCACGCUGCUGCUGGCUUUUGUGAACGGAACGAAAGAUGAGGUUCACACGUCUCCAUCUGUGCGGGUACACACUUCCACCCCUGUGGUGGCCUUGGGGUCACCGGUGACUGCCUCUUGCAUCAUCAGAGAUGACUGCCCACUCAUAAAGGGGGCAGUCUGGCACCUCAACCACAUUGUCUGGCACCUCAACCAACGCCUUAUUCCCAGCAGUCCUGCAGCAGCCAAUGAGAGUGGUAGGACCUCUGCAGCGGCCAAUGAAAGUGGCUGGAUCUCCACCGUUUUAUAUUCUGUGGCCAAUCAGAGUGGCUGGAACUCAACAGUGUUUAUACCUAGCUUCACAGACACCAAGGGAUAUCUCACGUGCUGUGUCCUCCACACCUUCCCGUGUCAGAUCGUAGGAGCAGUGGAGAUAAGAGCUGGAUUUCCACCCACAGCACCACAGAACCUUAGCUGCCUGACUAACCUGACCAAGCCGGAAACCCUCUCAUGCCAAUGGGACCCAGGACAGGACACCCACCUGCCCACACAGUACACUCUCUACACUGAGAUCAGGGACUUACCAGAGAGCAACACAUACGUGCUGCCGCCAGGGGUACAUCACUACAAGAUACCACGGACCGGCUUUGUUCUCUUCUCAGAGAUAGAAAUAUAUGUCAAGGCGGUGAACGCAUUGGGUCAAGCCACCUCAACACCUUUGCUUCUGGAGCCAAUGGAGUCAGCCAAGUUUGACCCUCCAAAAGUUCUGAAGGUCCAAGCAGAGCCAAACAGGUAUGGCUGCCUAAGGCUCAGCUGGGGUCUCUCUGAACAGCAAGCGUGGGUGACCACUGUGACCUUGGAGGUGCGACUGAAAACAGCAAACAGCAAGCAGUGGAGUGAAGAACCAGUCCCAGUGCAACGCUUAAUGCGCCAGAGACCCAUGGAGGUGUGUCGUCUGCUCCACGGGACAGAGUACCACAUCCAGAUACGGGUCAGGUAUCAACAGAGUCCAUGGAGCGAAUGGAGUAACAGCAAUACUGCAGUCACGCUUGAGAGGGCUCCCACCGGACGACUCAACUCUUGGAUGAAGGUAUCUAGGGAGCAGAGGCAUAAGUCUAUCAGUCUACACUUGUUUUGGAAGCCAUCGAAGCAGUUUCGUGCCAAUGGCAAGAUCCUGUCCUAUGUUGUCUCGCGCCAGAGACAACCCCUGAAAAAGGGACAGCUGUGCAUCACAUUGGAUAGCCACUGUGUUUUCCAGCUUCCCAGGGGUGCAAGGAAAGUGUUCCUCAGCGCUGGGAACGCUGCAGGGACAUCCAGCCCUACUGAGGUGGAGGUGUUUCAACACAGAGCUCUGGCAGCAGUCUCUGAUGUCAAUGUCCUUCCUCAUGAUGAGAGAUCUCUACUGGUCCAGUGGACAAGCAUACAUUCAUCCAGUGUCACAGGCUAUGUGGUGGUGUGGAGACCAUUGUGGAAAAUGGACCCUUCCCUCAUCUUGUUUGACCACAUUGACAGGAAUCAAUCCAGCACUCUAAUAUCAGAGAGCAUCGAGCCAUACAAUCCCUAUGAGAUCUCUGUGUAUCCAAAGUAUAAGGACGGGAUUGGCCUUCCUCAAACCGUCGAGGCGUACUCUAGACAAAAGGCCCCAUCUGCCGCCCCAGAGCUGAGGGUGAGGGAGAUAUUGCAUUCUCGUAUUGAGCUUACUUGGGAGGAGAUUCCACUAUGCCAGAGGAAUGGGAUCGUGCAGAGCUACCAGAUCUUCUACUGGGAUGAGCAGGGAAACACCAAAGUUGUGACUGCUGAGCUGGAAAAGAGGAGGGUGGUUCUACGAGAGCUCGACCGUUCAUCCUCAUACAAAGCCUUUAUUAUGGUUAGCACAGGUGGCGGGAGUCUGAACGGAUCAGAGGUUACACUCAAAACUGAACCAAUGGACGACUUGGCUAUCAUCUUGAUAGUUAUUUCCUCUGGUGUUGGGCUGUCAUUGAUUAUCAUUAUCUCAGUUCUGGUCUGCUUCUCAACACAUGAACGGUUGAAGAUGUGCUUUUGGCCCAAGAUUCCCGACCCUGCCAACAGCAGCAUCAAGAGGUGGAACACAUUGGAUUCAAUGCAGGAUACUCCCCCUGUUGAGGACAUGCAGGAAUCCAGCCUGGUCUAUCUCUCAAAUCUCAGCCUCCUGGACCUGCCCAAGAAGGGUCUCGAGAAGAGGGGUGGCGAGAUCACCGAUGACCCCUGGUGCCGCUGCAGUGACACCAGUGACCUGGGCGAGUCCAUAUGUGGCUCCCCCCAUGCCCUCAGCCCUAGCUACAUAGGGUCACACCAACACUCUGUUCCGUAUGCCACUGUGGUCUUUGAUAGCCCGUACUCAAUUCAGCCACCAAGCCAAUCCCAUGCCUACCUGCGCUCAGAGUCCACACAGCCACUCCUGGAGGAGGACCUCGAGGAGCCCUCUAGCCCAAAGGAGUACCAGAAUGUUCCCGUCCAUGGGACAUCUGGGGAGCAAGUUUCCUUUAGAGAAUGCCUGAAUGACGGCCCAGAAAGGGGAGAGUUAUGCAUUCUUUGGGAUGACUUUCCCUUGCUUAGGGCUUUGGCAAUGAAUGAUGUUCGAAGUCAAACCUAAUCAGUGGUAUUGAGAUUUUGAAAUGUAUGCAAGUAUUGUGAGAUGUAUGUCACAGAAUGGCAGAUACAUGUUCAACACCAAUGAUGUUUUCAAGACAGGGACAACAUGAUUAUCCAGUUUGUGAAUGUUAGUGCUACAAAAAAGUGCACUGAAAAAUAGCAAUUAAUAAAGUUCAUGUGUGUUCAUGUUGAUCAAUAUUUUGUCUCUUCUGGUCUGACAUUAAUUAUAAAAUAAAUGUCUGAUCAAUACA